GCAGGAGGGAGGGGGGGCCGCGGAGGUUCCCCCCCUGCCAGAAUUGCAGUUCGGGUUGAAGAGCUUCUAUGCGGCCGUCUCUGACCUCUGCGCGGAAAGCUGGGCCCCCUUUCUCUCGUUUUUCCUCUGGGGGAAGCGGCUGGGAGGGGGCGGCCUGCAGGAAAGUGACAGGGCAGCUGUCAGUUUCCCCGCGAGGUCCAUGAAUACGAACACCAUGAUAUUUUUGAUCCUGGGGGCUUCGGUUGUGAUGGCAAUAGCAUGUUUAAUGGACAUGAAUGCUCUUCUUGACCGAUUUCAUAAUUAUAUCUUACCGCAUCUGAGAGGAGAAGACAGGGUCUGUCACUGCAACUGUGGAAGGCAUCAUAUUCAUUAUGUCAUCCCGUACGAUGGAGACCAGUCAGUGGUUGAUUCUUCCGAGAACUACUUUGUGACCGACAACGUCACCAAGCAAGAAAUUGAUCUGAUGCUGGGACUCUUGUUGGGAUUCUGUAUAAGCUGGUUUCUUGUGUGGAUGGAUGGAUUGCUCCAUUACGCUGUACGGGCAUGGCGGACGAGCCGACGGUAUGACAAUUCAUGGUCUUGGUUUCCCAAAUUUUGUAACUUCAAGGAGUUCCGGAAACGCCACCACAACCAGUACGACGAAGCCGCAGGAAACAUGGUGCACAUCAAACAGAAAUUGUAUCAUAAUGGGCACCCCAGCCCAAGACACCUUUAAGGAAACCUGGGACGGAUCGGUGGCCUAUUGAACAUGCCUUUUGCUGUCUGUCAAGGGGAGGUGUCCAGCUGCUUACUCCCCGGUGGACGCCACUUAAAGACUCCCCCUUAGUUCCACCAACGGUGUGUCCGCAGAAUUCUCUGCGCCCAGAGAAUGCACAAUUUCCUCCCCCAUCCUGGAUCCAAGGCUCACGAGACAUUGCACUGUGGUUACCAUUUGACUGGUGGACCUGUACAUAUGACGAAAGGAGACGAACAACCCAGCACAGAAAGAGUGCAAGAGAAAAUUUGCAUUACACUUUCCGGCCCUCGCUUCUUUUGGUGAUGAUAGCAAAUGGCAGUCUAUUUUUCUCCCCAUUGGUUUUCUUUGUUGAUUUGGAAGUUUUGUUUGUUGUCGUCCACAUGGUCUUUGUAGAUGAAUUUGGCCAGAUGUUGCCCUGUUUAGCCUUCGAGUACUUCCGAAUCUCUGUUUCCAAUUGUAUCUUACCCCUCCAUCCAUUCGACCCCCAUGAAGGUUCUUCGUUGUGCUCCGAUCUCUCAUUCCUAAUCUAGAUUUGGUUUGGAUUUUAGAUGGCCUGGUAGGUACAAUGAGUAAUCCUUUUUAAGGACCCUCUUCUGUUGAGAAUAGCUUGGUUUUCUCCAGCCUCCACUUCUGCUUUGCUUUCCUUCUGAAUCAUAACCUAGGGAGAUUUUUUUCCUCCAAAUCUUGCCUGAAGAAACAGGUAGCUCUAUUCUGAAAGGCAAAAUCCACAACCACCAGGCUGAAUGUAAUCACCCGUAGGCUGGAGCGAGCUGUCUUCCAAGAAACACCAACCCAAAAGGUCCACCUUGAGAAGUUUGGUUUGAGCAGGUCAUGUUAGUAAAAAUAUGCGUAUUUAAGGUUCCCUUUAGUCUAUUGGCUGAUCCUGUGAAUGUUUCAUCCAGGUGUCUCUUAGCAAGACUGAAACUGACUCUUAGUUAGAAAAGACGGUUUAGUUUGGUGCUGUGUUGAUGAUGCUUCAUAGAAUUGUUUCAGUCUUAAGAGAGGUCAAGUUGGUUUUGGCAGGCAAAGCGUACUUCUUUCCACUUAUGGUCCCUUCCUUGGAUACCAUGUUCAUAGGUCCUUCUGUGCCAUGGGCAUCAUAAGAUCUUCGAGAUAGCCUCAAGUUCCCCCAUCCCAUCAGCCUUGGUUAAGCAUUGCCUGUGUGACGUGGCAGGAUGGAGGUUGUGAUCCAGAAGAAUCUGGAGAUCUCUCAAGCGGUCUGUCCUACACCAGGAACCAUCCGAAUAAUGGCAACGGCCAUCUUGGCGCCUCAACCCUGUUGCAUUUACAAGACCAUCUACCUCAGAAACUGAACUGCGCAGUGGCUUCAGUGAGAAGGGAGUUACGCAGGGAGGGGGGCGCCAGGGAUACCAAGAGCCAAAAGGGCAUUUGAAUUGGGAAUAGACCCAGUUCCAGGAUUCCAUCCAGUGGAUCCACAGGCUGCGCUCCAGCAGAAGAAGGUUCAUUGAUUUGGAGGGCUUAGGAGGUUGGGCAGGUAGAGCUGCUGGGGUUCGUUGGCCAUGCAAGUCAGCACAAAUGCACCCCUCAAUUGUGGUUUAUUCAACAAAUCAUGGCUAUAUACAAGCUAGAGUUUAAGGUGAUCCAGGCCGAUAGUCUUCACACUGUCAUCCCCCGAGAUGAAUGAUCUCUUCUGUCUCACUGUGCAUAAUUGCUCACAUUGGCUGAAAUCAUUCUUGCAAUGAUGGUUAAAAAAAAUGCAUAUUUCUUACGACUGAGUCGCAGAACACGCUGGCUUUUCAAGAGGCAGGUUUCUUGUUAAGGUGUUCCUCCAUCUAGGAAAGGAGGCUAUCUGGAAAGCAGGCUUGAGAGCUAAGAGGCAGGUAGAAAUCAUGCCCGCCAUACCCGUUAAACCUCUGCCUGUUUUGCAGCUCUUAAAAGCAGCCCACCCACCCACUUGUUUUUUAAGCUGAUGCUGGAGAAACCUUUCUUUUUAUUUCCUUCUUACAAAGCCAGAUGGUGCCCAACAUUUGUCUACAAGUCUACCCUGCCCAUCUGAACAUCCAACGUUAGGUGGCUUAUAACUCUUCUUCCUGUUACUACUACUAAUACAGUGGAUUUGCAUGCAUGAAUUAGGGCGUACAGAAACCUGUGCUAAACGUAGUUGUAUCAGAUAUGAUGUCAUCGUGCUAAAUGGGGGGAUUCUGGGGGGGGGACCAGUUCUGAAAGAGAGCCCAGCAUGGUGGGGUUCAAGGAGACGGAGCUGAGUUUGUUCUAGCAACCAGGCCCAGGGGGACAGAGGGGGGAAAGCAGAUCAUAAGUUGAGGGGAAAGCAAGUUUUAGUUUAGGGCUUCCCUGCUGCAGGGUUCUCGGAGACCGGAAUUCAGGAGGGGGAAGACACACAAUCUGGAGUCCUCCAUGACUUGGUUCAAUCCCCAGAUAACAUGCUCAAUGGUUAGGGCAUCAGGACAGACGAUCAAAGAGGGCAUCAGGUUGCCAACUUUUUGACUGUGUGAUCUCCAAGAUCUCUUCUAAAGAAAUGGAUGCCCUGCCUUGUUAAGUCAUGUUGAGUUAACCUGUGGUUCUGGUUGGUUGGAUUGCUGUGUGGUACGAACCCAGCCAACUAUGUUUUAAUCGAUAAAUCUUUAUUCCACUCACCAUGGCUUAGGGCUUGGCAUGAACCCAGCUUGUGGUCAAAGCCCGUUGAACUCAGUGGCCUAAAUCUAGACACAUUUUCUUUGGAACAGAGAGGCGACUGACCAACACUAGUGCAUGUCAAAUUAGUUUUUAUUACUUUUCUUUUCUUUUCAUUAGCAGAUUUUGGGUUUGAAAAAGAGCAUUCCCAAUUUGUUUUACUGUUACCCAGAGAAUUUAAAAAAAAUUGGGAUAGACCCCUCCGUAGGAAAAUACUGAAAAUGUCUGUGAUUAUUCUAUUGUUUGAUUGCAAUGUCCGUGUGAUUAAAAGGAAAAAUAACAAUUUCACCAAAAACCCAAAAUGAAUGAAAGAUGAGAAAUUUACUGGUAACCUCGCUAAUCUUAUGUUUCAUUUGCUAAUAUUUGUCAACAAUUGUCUGUAUGUGUGUGUGUUAGAAAGAGAGGGAGGAGGGGCGGGGAGAGAUAUAUAUGUUUAAACACACAUUUUCAGAAAUGCUUCAACAUUUCACAAUUGUGCUUUGUAUAUUUUUGUCAUUCAAAUAUUUUCCACGAGAUAUUUAAACGCUGAAGUUCAGGGGGUUUCCUACUCCAUAAUUAUUUUUUGGGGGGUGGGAGGGUAUAUUGGCAACAAUGCUUGUAUACUGUAUCAGAAAAUGUUAAAAAGAAAAUUCUUGGUUCUUAGCUUUUUAAAAUAAUUCUCCAUCCCUCCAUCCCAUUUGAUUUAGGCAAACUACAGAAAGGUAACGUCUUCUCAGAAGCCUUUCAAAAAUGGCUGACGCUCUGCUUUUAAAUUUAUAGUCUAAAAGACAUGUCACAAAAGGAAAGGAGGUGGGAAGGGAGAAAAAAGCCCUCAAGGUAACCAGCUGGUGUAGAGAAGCGGUUUAGGAAUGAACGUUUCAAACCAAGAGAAGCUUUAAGAGGCGAUAUCCAUUUUUAUUUUAUCUACCAUGCUACUUGGUACAGAUACUGUCUGAAUCGGUUGGUUAAAAUGUGGAGUCAAGUUGACAAGCUGUAGAGCUAAUUAAAUCAGUUAAGGUUUAAAUAGCUUUGCAACAACAGAGUUUAUGGAAAUCAGCCUGCUUUAAUAUUAACUGGAAAUGAAACCAGCAUUCUGUGAUCUUUCAGACAUGAUGUCUGAAAUGUCUUGGGGAAAAAAAGAAUUUUUGACAUGGGAAUGGGUGGAGAGCUGGGACAGACAAGCCUCAUUCUGAUUUUUGUAAAGGUAAGCUGUGCCCUUUUCAUUCUUGGAAUUAGUCACUGUACCACUUGCCAAUCUGGCGUCCUCCCAGCAUGCAACACAAUACUUCCCAUCAGUCCCAGCCAGUAUAGCCAAAGUCUGAAUGUAUGGCACGUUAGAAUGCAAUGCUAUGCAUCAAGCAUACAUUUACUCCAGAUUUAUAAAGUUUGCCAUUGAGCACAAACCAGGCAUCCUUGGUUAGACGGUAAUGCAGGUAAUCCUCUACUUCCAACGGUUUAGUGACCGGUCAAAGUUACAAUAGCACUGGAAAAAGUGGCUGUUUUUAACACUUAUAUGACCCAUGCAGCAUCCCCAUGGAGUCAAACUAUUUUCCAAAGCACCUGAAGGCAGGAGAAGAAGCAAUGGGUGGAAA